UCAAUUUUGAAUCUUACCUUUAUUUCUACCAGUCUUGUCACGAUAGUAAUUGAAGAAGUGAAAUUCCAAAUAAAUACACAGAUUCACUACUUGAUAAUGAAGCUCCUCAGCAUCAGCGGAGUCACAAUGCUUUUUAGCAUUUUAGCGCCUGUAAAUUCGAUGGCGAUUAAUUCAAGUCCGGAGCUCAUUCCAGUGCCCCACCAUAGUCAAGCAUUCAGCUACUUGUGCCAAAAUAGUCGGAGGCACCACAAGAAUGUUAUCGAGCAAAGAGCCCAGAUAGGAAAACAAGCUUUAGACUAUAGAUGUUCGAACAAUGGAUACCCCUUGCGACUAAGUACCCUUAAUUACAGCAUCGACGGAGUUAAAUGGUAUUAUCCUAUCGACGAUGACGAUGUCGAUUUUGUCAUAUUCACAAGAGCCGGGCAUAUUGCGGGAGUGGCCUAUCUCGCGACUAAUGAGUAUCAACAACAAUAUUUGAGCCCCUGUCAACUCGAAGUAGUAAUUAUCUCCCUAUACAAACUCCUGGCAAAGAUUGUCAUGACUGACAAUGUUAAUUAG